AUGCUGGGAAAGAAAUUCGGGCCAGCGAGGGUUUUGCCAAUCCUCAUGUUCACCUUUGGCUCGUUCACACUGUUAUCUGCCGCGGCAUACAACUUUGGCGGCCUCUUUGCUAUCCGCUGGUUUCUGGGAAUGGCUGAAUCGGCUUUCCUACCACUUGUCAUUUACUAUCUCACCACGUUCUACCGACGAGGCGAGCUGGCGCGACGACUAGCGAUAUUUUACGCAGCAUCAAACAUCGCCAAUGCAUUUUCCGGUCUCAUCGCAUUCGGUGUCUUCCAAAUCAAAAACUCCAAUAUUCCCAACUGGCGAUACCUCUUCAUCAUCGAGGGCGGCGUGACAGUUCUCCUCGCCAUCUUCGCAUACUGGUAUCUUCCUCGCAGCGCAGCCGAGGCAAAGUUUCUCUCCGAGGAGGAGAAAGCGUUGGCCUUCCAUCGCAUCCAAGUCGAUUCCAGUACAGUCGUCAAUGAGCCGUUUCGCUUCCGCGAUGCGAUCCGCAUCUUUCUCCAUCCUAGCACUUAUGUCUUUCUGUGUUUGGAAAUCUGCACAGGUGUUCCCAUCCAAGCUGUCAACUUGUUCCUGCCUCAGAUCGUGCAGCGACUGGGUUUUUCAACCGUCAAGACGAACCUGUACACCGUCGCGCCCAAUGUAACCGGUGCCGUGAUGUGCGUAAUUCUCGCCUUUGCGUCUGACUUCACUCGUCUUCGCUCCCCGUUCAUCGCGCUGGCUUACCUCCUUACUUUCUCCGGGUUUAUGAUUUACGCCUCCAUCGACAACGUGCACACGCAGCUGCAUCUCGCCUACUUUGCCACCUUCAUGAUGACAUGGGGCACUUCCGCGCCGUCCGUCCUGCUAAGCACAUGGUACAACAACAACAUCGCGCACGAAGGCCGCCGUGUCCUUCUCACCAGUAUCGGCGUUCCACUUGCGAACCUAAUGGGCCUGGUCAGUAGUAAUGUCUUCCGCAGCGAAGACAAGCCCAAAUAUCUCCCAGCGUUGAUUACGGUGGGAGUGUUUGGUGCGACGGGCGCAAUCCUCGCAGGUCUCCUGGGAGGCUAUAUGUGGAUGGAUAACGUGAGAAGGGAUCGGAGGGACGGAGUGAAGGCUCGGGCGAUUGAUGUGCCUACGGAGAGGCUGAGGGAUGGGCCAGCAGCGGCUGAAUUUCGGUGGUUCUUGUAG